UAAAUAGAAACACCGGAUGUGGACGAAUCGACAACGACGAACAGUUCGAGCGCGAAGCGGAGUAUUUAUCGCAACCGGGCCGGUGAACAGUGACGAAUUCGACAGCGGUCGUAACCGCAGCGCGUGUUGAGUUCCUUCGGGAAAAUUUGACGAGCUAUUUUCGCCGUUGAAAGGCGCGCGGGAACGCGUUCGCGGCGGGUUUCUCGUACCGCGGUGCUUUAGUACGGCCAGUCUCGCUGCUUCGUGCAGAACUUGGCCGAUCCCGGAAUAGUUUCGUCGGUUCUGCUCGACCAAGUUUUUCCGCGCGACCGCUUCCCACGUACUGAUCCGCAGCGUGUUCGCGAGUGUCUCACGUCGCCCAUAGUACAACCCCAACUUUCACCCGCGCGUGAAUCGACCGAUAAAAAACUAAGUAAACACCGCAUUUUUCUUGGAGCGGUUCGUUCGUUUAUACGAUCGUUCAACCUGGAAGCCGAUACGGAGAACACGGGGAUGGAUGCGACGGACGUCCUCGGCCCUGACGUCCCGUCUGGGAACGGCGAGGGUGUUCUAAACAGUGACAACAACAACGUGAACAACAAGGACGAUGAGGCGCCCACCGUCGAGGAGACUUACGAGGUCACCACCACGAAGCGUAAAACUAUUCGGACCAGCUACAAGAUCCAAGAAACUUCUUCAUCAACCAAAACGACCACUAUGACAACUGCAGCUAAGUUAUAUGGGAAGGAUUUAAGUGAAUACGAUGAUGUGGACGUGGACGACUUGCUGGCACAACUUACGCCAGAAGAAAUUAAUAUGCUUGCCAAGGAAGUGGAUCCUGAUGAUAGCUUUAUGCCACCAUCUCAACGUUGUAGCUAUGAAUGUGACAAGAGUCCAACAGGACCGCUAAAUCGUAAGAAACUUAUUGAACACAUCAACAAACAAGCUUUAGAGACACCAGAUAUACCUGAAUUAAAGCCUUAUGUACCUGGUGUAAUUAGAGGCAAAAAGUGGGUCCCACCACCUCAAGAAACUGCGAAAGAAAAGCAGGCAGAAGAGCAAAUUGCUAUUGAUCUUGGAGAAGAAUAUGAGCAUGCAUUAUCUAAUGCUACUCAAGAAGAAAUUAUUGAUCUUGCUGCUAUUCUCGGAUUUCAUUCCAUGAUGAACCAAGACCAGUAUCAUGCUUCUUUAUUAAAUGCCGGCCAGCCCGUUGGUUUGGGUUGGGAUGGCAUUACGAAAGCUAGUCAACCAAAACCUUACCCAAUGGAUCCGCCUAAUGAUACAGACGUAGAUGCUACUAUCAAACAAGUUCGAGAGGACGACUCUUCUUUGACUGAGUUAAAUUGGAACAAUAUAAAAAACAUAUCUGACGAAAAAUUUAUUCAACUAUUUGAAGGACUGGAGAUGAAUACACAUCUCGAAUCUUUGAGUUUAACAAAUGUGGGACUCACUGACAAGACUGCACAAAGGUUGGCAGAGGCCUUGGAGAAGAAUUCUACGCUCAGAGUACUCAACGUGGAGACAAACUUCAUAAGCCCAUCUGUGAUAGUGAGGCUCAUCAGAGCACUUCUUAAGACGAAGUCAAUAGAAGAGUUCCGAUGUUCGAAUCAGAGGUCUCAGGUACUGGGAAAUAAAAUCGAAAUGGAAAUUACGCAGUUGGUGGAGCAAAAUCCGACAUUGCUCCGACUUGGUCUUCAUUUGGAGUUCAAUGAUGCUAGACAUCGCGUAGCUGCACACUUGCAACGCAACAUUGACAGGAUACGGCAGUCCCGGCUCGGGGUGGCGACAUCUUAACGCGAAGUGGCGUUCGCCUAGGUCGUAUGCAGCGCAUGGGAAAGUCCUCCCGCAACUAUACCACCGGUUGGACCAUGUAAUGAUGCUCGGCCCAACGCGCGACCGAACAAAUUUUCUGCGAUCGUUCAUCGGAUGCUAAUUGGAUUAACUUGGUUUGAAAACAAAAUAGAGCUUCGGGAUGAUAUUCGGAUUUCAAUGAACAUUUGUGUGGAUGUUAACAGGAUGGAUGAUAUAGAAAUUAUUAUUUCCUGUAGUUACAUUUGAAAGGUGAAUCUAAUGUAUAAGUAGGAGUGUGAGAAAACUCGAAAAUAUCGGAUCGGGUUCCCGAAAGUACGUCGUGAUUCGGGAGUGUCAGGUUUCCGCUAAAAAUAUCGGGUUUCUUCGAGAAUUUGACGAUUCUCAACAACUUCACGUUUUAUAUGAUUUUAAACAUUAUAAAAAUACGAUAGAUAAAAUGUAGAGUAAAUACAAUAAUUACAAAUGUUGUACAUGUAAGAUUUUAUUUCGGAUUUCCAUGUAAAGGCGCUGUCUACUCAUCGUCAUGUUGUAAUUUUCGUAAUUACAUUUCUCAGGAACAUAGAAAUUCUUCAGAAUGUAAGAAAUUUAAGAAAUUUUCCGGCAUAGCGAUUCGGGUCGUUGGCGUUUUCGGAAAUUCCGAAAAUUCCGACAAUCUCGUACUAUAAGGUACUUUCAGGAAAUCUGUUCUGAGAUUUUCAGGUCCUUGCACGUCUCUGUGUAUAAUACGUUUCAUGCUAUGUAAAAAUAUCUUUUUCAUAACGCGGACGAUGCCGAUGUCUGUUAAUUGAGGAAGCACAAGAAAUAAGGUGUACGGAGACAUUUAAAUAAUAUUGUAACUAAAGUGUAAGGAAUUUACAUUGUCAGUUUGGAUUGGCAUCUCGGAUGAUUUUAUUCAAUCGAUGCGUCAGAAGUGGAAAUUAGGAUUAACAAGAGAUCGAACGUUUAUCUUCCACUGUGAAUGGAGCAUCCGGAAUGCACGUCCGAAGUGAACAGUUUGAAUUAGACUUUAGUAGCCGCGCAUAAAACAGACUAUCAUUCGAUGCUUCUUUGGCUGCCAAUCGAACGUCAUCGAUUACAUUUCGGCCGAUUCUCGCGACGGCGGUUCCGUGGUUUUGGUUUCGAGAGCAGCCUAGCCGUUCCGCCGUCGCUUCCGGUUUCCCUUCCCAGCGCAUUCAGGACUACCGGAAGUGUCUCGUUUUCCCAACCGGAUGCCGCGGAACCCGCUGAAUCGCACCUGACCACUUCCUGCCGCGCAGUCCAGUGUGGUACGUGUACACACAUCGUCCCUCUUUGCAGGUCAACGCGCUUGAACGUCGUGCUCCGGGUCUUCUUCGAUCGUCCCAUUCGUUUUUCACUUUUACCCGUCGCGCCACGCGCUUCGUCCAAAUUUCUACGUGACCAUCGAACACAUAAAUCGAGCGGAAGGUCUCCCUCUUCUUUUUCUCUAUUUUCUUGAUUUUACCCGGGCUCUCAAACAGCGCGCCUGGUAGCAGUAGUUUCGCCAAUUUCCCCGUCGAACUUUUUCCCGUGAAAGACCAAAAAAAUUGUCUUUUUAUUUUUAGACGAAAUUCGAAAAAAAAAAACAAGUAUCCCGUUCGUCGCUUGCCCGUAAUUUUUCGACCAUUUAUUUCAAGUAUCACGCGCGGAUACCUCCGACGUGAAAUCGAUUUCAGAAACAGUUUAUACGCCACGCGUAACGAUCACCACUACACGUGAAACGCGACUGUCUAACGCUCGUUUGCCAAACGGGAUUGCUAUUAUUAAUUCUUUUUUCGUCAAUCAGUCCUAUAAAAAAUGUAUAACCCUCGUAUAAAAAAUUGUACCCUCUGCUGAAUUACCAAGAGGAGAGGAGAUCUGGGUUGUUUAUUGAUCUCCGCUCUUCGUAUCAACGAGGAACUUGUAAUUGCCUGUAUCCUCGCGAUGUUAUCACAGAGGGACUUGAAUCGGAACGAUACAUCGUCGGCCCUGCGAUUGGAAGGGUGUUAAGUGGUGUGCACUCGAAAGUUCGUAGAAACAAGUCGCGUUGUUGACGGGAGCGUUGAUCCGUGAAUGCUCGAAGUAGUUCAGAAUUUUGUGCACAGUUUCUUGUAUAAAGAACUACUGAUUCUGAAACGAAUAGAAAUAAUAUUUCAAGGAGCUGCGCCUGCACUUCCAGUCCGAAUUGACAUUAAAACUCAA